GGGUGUUGUGAGGGAAUGCUCGGCUGAGCGCGAAGCGGAACAGGCAGACGAGCGAAAGGAGGGACAAAGAACGACGCGCACAUUUGCGGGCUCCUAACGGGACACUUUGGUAACUUUUUUUGUUUUGUUUAGUUAUUUUGUUUGUUUAAAAGAGAAGAAUAUGCGCGGCGUGUGUACGUGCGGCUGGUCCGUGAACGCAUCGUGGAGGUGAGCGGCACGGUCGAGGCGAGGGGAGCGUUCAGGAGCGUGUUGUGACGGUGGGAAAUUUGUGUUGAAGCGCCCACGUUGUCCUCUUGAGGCAACUUGUCGAAGACUUUGUGUUUUUUGGUCAACUUUUUAAGCGUGUGAGAGCUGAUUAUGUGCUGCUGCUGCUGCUGCUGGAAGGCUAAGCGUUCCCCCCAAGCAUGAGAUGCCGCUGCCGGGCCCUGGCACUUCUCCCCUGGGUGCUGGUGGCCUUGGACGCUCAGCUCAUCUGCUGGCAGGCGCUCCUGCGCUGCCACGACGAGCCCGAGUGCAACCUCGCCUACAGCCAGUACUUCGCGGCCUGUGAGGGCAACAUCCGGGGCACCAGGCGCCAGUGCCCCAGCCACUGCAUCAACGCCCUCAUCCGCCUCAACCACACCCGCAGCGGGCCCGACCUGGAGAGCUGCGAGUGCGCCCAGGACCCGGAGUGCUUGGGCGCCAAGCGGGCCAUCGAGCCCUGCCUCCCGCGCAGGCACCCCACGGACGCCGGCGGCAUCGGCUGCAUGGAGGCCCGCCAGCGCUGCGAGGAGGACAGCCACUGCCACACCUCCCUGGCCGCCUACCUGGCCUACUGCGGGCAGCUCUUCAACGGGCGCAAGUGCUCGUCCAAGUGCAAGGCCACCAUCCAGCAGAUGCUCUACAUCCCCAACGGGGCGCUGCUCAACCGCUGCGUGUGCGACGGCGUGGAGAGGCCCUUCUGCGAGGUGGUCAAGGAGAACAUGAGCAAGCUCUGCGCCAUGGGGGACCAUCACGGGGUCAUCUCGGACCAGCCGGAGGUGGACGACGUGUACGAGGAUGAGGAUUACGACCCCAGGCAGGACAGGGAGGAGGACCCCAGCGACCAUUCCGAGGCCGCUCAAAGGUUGUCCGGCUUUGGGACGCUCCUGGUCGUCUCUUUGGGAUUUAUGUGGCUCUGAGACGGAUGGACUAAGCUUGUUUUCUCCCAUGGACACCGAAAAUGCUCCUAAAGGACUUUCAACAAAAGUCGAACUGAAGACCACCCAAAUUUUUCCUCAUUGGGAACGUUCAACCUGACAUCUGACAGACCAGCAUUGACACCUGGAAUAAGUGGACUUUUGGAUUCCAGGACUGAUGUUUUGAACUAGAACACAGGAGCUAAACAAGAACCUCAUCCAUCCAUUCAUCUCCUUCUGCUUACCUGAGGUCAGGUCGUGGGGGCAGCAGCGAACUGAAGACCAACGGACCUUUUUCCUAAUUGGAACGUUCAACCUGACAUCUGACAGACCAGCAUUGACACCUGGAAUAAGUGGACUCUUGGAUUCUGGGACUGAUGUUUCGAACUAGAACAAAGGAGCUAAACAAGAACCUCAUCCAUCCAUUCAUCUCCUUCUGCUGAUCUGAGGUCGGGUCGCGGGGGCAGCAGCCUAAGCAGGGAAGCCCAGACUUCCCUC